CCCACUUCUCCUGCGCCUUCCCCUCCCCCUUUCAUCCGAAUGAUAAAGGACCCUCUGGCCGGCCCCCUCCGCUUCCCCGGGGCCGGCCCGGCGCCCCGCACCCAGCCCCAUUGCCCCGAGAGACCCCGCAUGGGGCCCUGCAGCAGCCCAGGUCGGGGGCUCCCCGGCGCCGAGCGGCACUCUCAGCCCCCCAAGAGGAGGAAGAAGAGAUACCUGCGGCAUGACAAGCCCCCCUACACCUACUUGGCGAUGAUCGCCCUGGUCAUCCAGGCGGCGCCCUCGCGCAGGCUGAAGCUGGCCCAGAUCAUCCGCCAGGUCCAGGCCGUGUUCCCGUUCUUCAGGGACGACUACGACGGCUGGAAGGACUCCAUCCGCCACAACCUCUCCUCGAACCCCUGCUUCCGCAAGGUGCCCAAGGACCCCGCGAAGCCCCAGGCCAAGGGCAACUUCUGGGCGGUGGACGUGAGCCGGAUCCCCGCCGAGGCGCUCCGGCUGCAGAACACGGCGCUGUGCCGCCGCUGGCAGAACCGGGGCGCGCGCGGCGCCUUCGCCAAGGACCUGGGCCCCUACGUGCUGCACGGCCGCCCCUACCGCCCACUCGGGGCCCCGCCGGCGCCGGCCGCCCGCGAGGGCUUCAGCAUCAAGUCGCUGCUGGCCGAGCCCGAGGGUGCGGCUGCGUCCCCGGCGCCCCCCGAGACCCCGGUGCCGCCCCGUUCCCCCGCGGGCCCCAGCCGGCGCUCCCCGGAGCCGGGCGCCUGGCCGCUCCCCUUCGCGCCGCCGGGCUUCCCUCCGAGCAGCCCGGACGCCGGCUGGGGGCAGCUGCCCACGUCCUACCUGCCCACGUACACCCCCAACGUGGUCAUGCCGCUGGCACCCCUGCCGCCCGCCGCCUGCCCCCAGUGCCCGCCCGCCGCCGCCGCCGCCGGCCCGGCCUACUGGGGGCUGUCGCCGGACAACCCCGGCUCCCCGCAGCUGCUCUGGGACCUCGACGCCCUGUUCCGCGGGGUGCCCCCGAACAAGAGCAUCUACGACGUGUGGGUCAGCCAGCCCCGAGACCCGGCGGGCCCCGCGCCCAGCUGGCUGCUCUCUUGGUACCGCCUGUGA